AGUCACUCAUUCCACCCUAAUCGUUUCCUUUCAACUUCAAUCCUUUUUCUUUCUACACAUUCGUUUGCUACACCACACAAACACCACCAUGUCUCUAACCACUUUACCUUCACUUCCCGAACCCAUUCUACACAUAAUUUGCAUCUAUCUCACACCCGAUCGCCCUAGCGUCAACGACUCGGAACACGGCCAAUCGCCCACACUCUAUCGCCCAAUAAUAAGCCUCUCACUGACCGCGCAUGCCCUAAAUCGCAUCUCGUCAACCCACAUCGCGACAAACAUGAGCCUGACAUGGGGCACCGUCCGCUGGGACCUCUUUCUCCGCACCAUCCAGGAAAACCCGGUCUACGCAUCCACCGUCAAGUACCUCAAGCUCAGCGAGCUCAGCAUAGACAAGCAAGAUUUAAUCCGACCGACAAAGUGGCAAGGCGGUCCGGAAGAUGUCACAGAAAUGUUCAAAGCACUAUCCGGAUUGCAAACGCUCUACUCGUCACACUGCAAGCUACUCUACCCCGGUUCCAUCAUCCAUCGCCUCACGUCUCAAGAAAUGCCGCUGUGGAAGACGCUAGAAGUUGUGCGAUUCGACCAUAUCAAUGUCUGGGGCGAGGACCGCAUUGUGCAAUUGAACUUGCAUCGCGAACGCACAGAAGAGAAUGAGGACGGUCAAGUGAGCAAAUACACAGUAGAAAAUGGACUGCUUACUGGCUCUCUGGCGCGCUUGGAUAUCCGUCAGUUUCACGCUAUACCAGAGGUCACGAAUGUGGUUGUUACUACGCGCGACUUUGAGGACGACGGGGAUACAGAGGGGGAUGCGGAUUGGGUUGAUGAGGAUGCGGAGGUGGAGGGAGAGGAAUGGAGUGAUGAUGAUGAUGAGUAUGAGUAUGAGAGCGAGAGCGAGGACAGCGAGUGGGAUUCGGAAGAUGAUAGCGAUUACGAGGAUGAUUGGGAGGCGGAGUAUGGAUUCAGUGUGCCUAGCACUCAGCCUGUCCUUUGCAAAACAGAUGCCUUGUUCGUUUUUACCCCAUCCCUACAACCCUCAUUACCAUUUCCGUCAGAAUUCGCAAGACACCCGCUCCCCGUUCAAGCCGGCCUAACAAACCUAACCAUCACCUUUGGAGCCCCCGCGGUGAAAUGA